UGGAAACAGCUGUUGCCAAACAAAUGACAUCAAAGAAAAAUUAAAAAACUUUAAAUUGUUAAAAUUCAAUUUAAAGAAUGUCCACGCCAAGAGAAUUGUCAUCGCCCCCGAUGACGGAGCAAUUGGACAAUGAAGAAGUGCGAGAGAUAUUGAAAAACACCACCGACUUACGCCAAUAUUCUCGACAGAUAGAAAAGGAAUUCAAGGAGGUGGAAAAUAAAUCCAUUGAGGACUACAUAGCUGAGUCGCAGAACAUUGCCAAUCUGCAUAAUCAGAUCAAUGAUUGCGAUGAUGUGUUGGAGCGUAUGGAAAAUAUGCUAAUGAGCUUUCAGAGUGUCUUAAACAAUAUUAGCACCGAGAUCACACAAUUGCAGCGCAAAUCGGUGUCCAUGUCGCUGCAGUUGACCAAUCGUCAGUCUGUGAAGGCUCAGCUAUCGCAAUUCAUUGAGGAUAUGGCCGUAUCCGAGGAGAUGAUUAAUAUAAUUAUGGAGACACCUGUAACAGAACGUGAUUUUAGUAAUCAACUAAAUGUUCUCAAUCACAAGCUGUCGCUGGUCAAAGAGCUAAGCUUCAAAGAGUCAAAAUCCACGAAUGAUGUUAGCGAUGUCCUACACAAACUGCGCCUUAAAGCCAUGGCCAAAAUACGCAGCUAUUUGCUUGAACAAAUCUACAAGUUUCGCAAGCCAAUGACUAACUAUCAGAUACCGCAGAAUGCCAUGCUGAAGCAUAAGUUUUUCUUUGAAUUCAUCUUGUCGAAUGAACGACAAGUGGCUCAAGAGAUAUGCAGUGAAUAUAUCGAUACUAUGAGCAAAAUCUACUAUAGUUAUUUUAAGAGUUACUCCACCCGCUUGACCAGUCUUAAAUUUGAAGAAUCUUGCACCAAAGAUGAUCUCAUGGGCAUUGAAGAUAAUGCCUCGAAGGGUUUAUUUGCAAAGACGACAAGUUUAAAGCACAAGAGCACAAUAUUUACUAUAGGCAAGAGGGGCGAUAUACUUAAUCAACAAUUGGAGGCACCCAUUAUAGUGCCCCAUGCCCAGCUUAAGAAUCGUUAUACGGUUGAAGCUCUGUUUCGUUCCGAACAAUAUGCUCUGGUCGACAAUGCAUGUCGUGAAUAUUUAUUUGUAACCGAAUUCUUUAUGGUACGUGGAACUCAGGCUCAGGAUUUGUUUAAUCAAAUUAUGGGUAAAACUUUGACUCUAAUGAUUAAAAAUCUGGAGACAUCAAUUCACGAUUGUUAUGAUACUAUAGCCAUGUUCCUGUGCAUACAUUUGAUAUUUCGCUAUCAACUUAUGUGCCACAAACGUUGUGUGCCAGCUUUGGAUAAGUAUUGGGACUCUUUGCAGUCGGUGAUUUGGCCACGUUUGGAGCAUGUUUUCCGCUUGAAUAUACAAAGUAUACACGAUUGUGACCCAACCAAGUUUAACAAGGAGAUGGGACCACAUUAUAUAACUCGACGUUAUGCGGAAUUCAGUGCCGCAAUCGUUGGUAUCUCAGAGCAUUUUCCCAAUGAAUUGGUCAGUCGUCUGCUCUUGGAAUUGCAAAAUGAAGUUGAAUGUUUUAUUUUACGCAUGGCGGCCAUUUUUCCCACACGCAAGGAUCAAUUAAUCUAUUUGAUUAACAAUUAUGAUCUCGUUUUGGGUGUCCUCAUGGAGCAUACACGUGAUAAUUCCAAAGAGGCAGAAGCAUUCCGUGAACAGGUCAAUGCACGCAGCGCCGAUUAUGUGGAGGAGAUAUUGGCUCCACAUUUUGGAGGCAUCAUACAAUUCGUUAAGGAAUGCGAACAUUUCCUUGAGAAGGAACAGAUGGAUGAAUUGCGUAAACAGGAACGUCGUAGCUUAGCCUUGGUGGCCAGUUUCUCGGCGAAUUGGAAAAAAUCACUGGAGGAAUUAAACCGUGAGGUUCUCUUAUCAUUCCCAUCGCUGUUGACGGGUUCUCAGCUGCUGCAAUUGGCUUUAGCCAGCCUAGUGCAAUACUAUCAUCGCUUCCACAAACUCCUGACACCAAAUGCACGCGCCCAAUUGACCAAUAUCCAUGUGGUCAUGGUGGAAAUUAAAAAAUAUAAAAGUAAUUAUUGAAACAUGUUCACACGACGCAUUUUUAAUCGAUAAAAUAAAAUUUCCAAAAAAUUAUUAUAUUCCUAA